AAGAGGACCACUGGUACGUUCCACAAAUACGCCACAGAGAUUCGUUAAACAUCUCAACAAAUAGGAAAAGUUUGGAGAUUUUCCCUAAAAUAUUGUCAAAAUACAUUAAAAUUAUUUCUGUAUUAUAUGCCCAAUAAAGUGCAGGAGUUGUCAAGUGCUGUUGUACCACAUAACGACUGGAAGCAAGUGAAAAAGGGCCAGUCUUGUUUAAUGUGGCUCCUAAAAUUUAAAGUAGCAGCAAAAUGUUGAAUCCCGUUUCUACUGAAGCGCUCCUUUACUCGGCUACAUAUGUCGAUAAUUACAUAGACUCGGUGGAAAAUCUUCCAGACGAUGUACAACGGCAUUUGUCACGCAUACGUGAUAUAGAUGUUCAGUAUAGGAGCCUACUACGUGAUGUUGAUCACUAUUACGAUUUGUGGCGUUCGCUCCAAAAUAACAACGCCAGUGAUGCGAAUUGUACAAGGCGUGCUCGAGCUAUAGCACGCAUGCAACAGAGUCUCAUACAAGCACAGGAAUUGGGUGAUGAGAAAAUGCAAAUAGUAAAUUUAUUACAAGAGCUCAUCGAUCAUAAAACACGGCAACUUGAUACUGACCAAAAGAACCUCGAUAUCAAAGAGGAAAUGCAGCAACAACAGAGUCGAAUUGAUCAACUUCAGCAUGGCGAUGAUAUUGGAGGUCCUACACCAUCGAAACAGGCACGGCCCUCAAGUCCAACUCGAGAAAAUAAUGCAUAUUGUGCAAAUGGUGGUUCGUCGGGAGGUGCUGGAGGUGGCGGUUCUACACCAAAUUCUGAACGAUCGAGCCAUACAAGUAAUGGUACAAUGGGCAGUGGCACUGUCAAUGGCACCAGCGCCGUGGGGACUGCUGCCGUAGCAGGUGUUGAAAAUCAGCGUACGGUCAGUAAACGGUCAAGGAGGCGUAUCGAGAACGCGGUCGCUAACAAUAGCAAUAUGGAGUUUGGUGGAAAUGAAUCAAAUUCUGCUAAUGAAGGUGGUAGUAACGGAGGUGGUAGUAAUGAACGUCAAUCAGGACAAAAGGCAUCAGUUAGCAGCGGGGCUGGUCAGAAAAAGCACAAUACCCAACAUCAAAGUAGUGGUGGCAGUGGUGGAACAGGUGGUGGAAGUAUUUCCGGCACUGGAGCGGGUAGUAGUAAUAAUUCUGGGAAGAAAAAGAAGAGAAAGACGCGCGGCGGUCAAUCAUCAACACAGGCGAGUGUACGCGAAGAAACACCGCCUCCGGAUCCUAUCGAUCCAGAUGAGCCAACGUACUGUGUAUGCAAUCAGAUAUCUUUUGGUGAAAUGAUACUCUGCGAUAACGACCUGUGUCCCAUCGAGUGGUUCCAUUUUUCUUGCGUUUCACUAGUGCUAAAACCGAAAGGAAAGUGGUUCUGCCCGAAUUGUCGGGGCGAUCGUCCAAAUGUGAUGAAACCGAAAGCGCAAUUCCUGAAAGAGCUUGAGCGUUAUAACAAGGAAAAGGAGGAAAAAACCUAAAUACGGCACAAAAAAUACUGUAGCAGCAAUUUAGAACAAUAGUGAAACCAUGAGCUGGAGAGAACCGUAAACAGCAUACAAGCUUGAUGGCAAUAUCCAAAUAACUGAAAGUAACAACGAAAGAUGCUUUCGUAUUACAAUACACACAUAUUUUAAUGACGGUGCAGGCGCGAAUUUGUGAUCAGCAAUGUUAAAAGAUAUUUGCAUUUAUUACUUUUUUUCGUUUUGGAAUUUUUUUUUAUUUUGCCGUAAUUCUAAAACUAUUUAAUUUAAAAAAUAUAAAAAUUGAUAUCGCGUCUGCACAUGUCUCAUUGCUUUCACUUCUUACACUAAUCGCAAGAUGUGGUUGCGGCUCUCAUACUGCUUUGUAUUUCAUGUUUAAUUUUCUGUUUCGUUUUUUUUAUUUUUGUUAUAAUGUACAUUGUAUUAAAUAUUAAAGACCUAGUACGUAAAUGAAGUAAAUAUUUUAUACAUAAAUGUAAAAUUACACAAAACAAGGAAAAUACUGUGGAAUAACAUGUAAUCUUAACUUGUAAAAUUUUCUAUUUAACAUUGAAAAACUGGAUUUUUUAAAUUUUAAUCGACUUUAAACAUAGGAUAUUUAAGCAAUAUGUCGGAUACUGGCAUAGAAUUUUAUUCUUUAAAUGAGCUUUCCCUUCUACUUAAAACAAAAAAUAAUGCGACCUUAGUUUUAGUUUUUUUUU